AUGAAGCAAUCAAGCAAGCAUUUGGAACUUUCCAGCUCUCUUUUCUUUGUUUACCUUUCCCUUAUUCUCCUUACGUUCUUUAACCUGCAAGGUCCUAAGUUGCUCGGUUUAGCGAUCCCUGUGGUUAGCGGAAAUGAGACAGAUCGACGAGCUUUACUCGAGUUCAAGGCCAAGAUAAUUGAUGAUCAUUUCGGGGUUAUGCGCUCGUGGAACAAUAGUAACCACUUCUGCCAGUGGUAUGGUGUUGCAUGCGGUCGCAGACAUCAAAGAGCCACCAUGUUGGACUUGGGAUCCCUAAAGCUCGUGGGUUCUAUAUCACCAUUUAUUGGAAAUUUGAGCUUUCUUAGGCUGUUAAACCUGGAAAAUAACAGCUUCAACCAAGCAAUUCCUCAAGAAAUUGGCCGUUUGAAAAGAUUGCGUGUAUUAAUACUGCAAAACAACACCCUAAGUGGUGAAAUUCCUGCCAAUUUGUCUAGAUGUUCUCGGCUUGCAUCAGUUAAUUUUCGAGGCAACCUGCUAACUGGAGAAAUACCAGGUGCGCUUGGUAUGUUGUCAAAACUAAUACAGUUUAGUUUUCGCAAAAAUAAUUUAAGAGGGAGUAUCCCGACUUCCAUGGGGAACUUAUCCUCUCUGGUGUCCAUGAAUCUGGGUGAAAAUAUAUUGAGUGGUGUUUUACCUGAAGCUCUUGGCAAACUGACAAAUCUUGAAGUUUUCGUUGUGACGGAUAAUGGAAUUUCUGGUGUUAUCCCUGCCUCAAUUUUCAAUCUCUCUAAUGUUAGAGUUCUUCAUAUGAGCAUAACCCAGAUACAUGGUAGUCUUCCAUCGGACUUGGGAAUCAGCAUGCCACAUAUUGAAAUCCUUUCUGUCUCAAAUAAUCAAUUGACUGGACCAUUCCCUGUUUCAAUAUCCAAUGCCUCAAACCUCGUAGAGUUGUCUGUUUGGGAAAACAAACUUUGUGGAAACUUGCCUUCAUUUCAAAAUCUGGAUAAACUAUCACGAUUUUUUAUCGGUAUUAACCUUCUUGGAAAUACGAUAGCAACUGACCUGAACUUUCUUUGCACUUUAACCAAUGCUUCCAGACUAGAGCAGCUAUGGAUAAACGCAAAUAACUUUGGAGGGGAAUUACCAGAGUGCAUAAGCAAUUUAUCUAGCAAUCUGCUAGGUUUAAAUAUGCAACAGAAUAGAAUAUUGGGAAGAAUUCCAGCUGGGAUUGGAAAUCUCAUCAACUUGGAGGUACUAGCGGCAACAGACAAUCAAUUAUCAGGUGCUAUUCCCCCUGCCAUCGGGAGGCUUCAAAAGCUAGGGAUAUUUUUUGUAUCUCAAAAUUCACUCUCUGGGGUUAUUCCCCCUUCUUUUGGAAACAUGACAAUGUUAAUAAAACUUGCUCUACGUGAUAACAAUCUUCAGGGCAACAUUCCUUCAAGUCUAGGUAAGUGUGAGAAUUUGAUUGGAUUGGAUCUGUCUAAUAACAACCUUAGUGGUUCUAUACCCCCUGAAGUAACUGGUCUCUCAUCCUUGUCCCUUACCCUAGAUUUGUCUUCAAACUAUUUAACUGGUGUGCUUCCUGUUGAAGUGUGCUUCCAACAAAUCUUGGUAGCUGUGUAA